AUGAGUAACGACGGGAACAAAAGAAGCUCCUUGGAGGAUAAAGAUGUCAGCGUGGUGGCAGAAGAAGCAUACUCUCAUUCAGACAGCCAAGAGCAGGAGUCGGAAGAAGAAUAUAUCUUCUAUCAGCCUAACGACGUUGACAAACUGGCAGAUCCACUGCAAUUCGACGACAGCUGGUCUCUCAAGUUCAAAGGCUUCUUUAAGAAAAAGCAAAACAACGAUGACCAAAUUGCAACCAGAAGGUCGUAUUUCGAGGACCCCGAUUUCGAGGUUGUCAAACAGUACUACCCUAAGAAGCAGUACGAGAACUAUAAAUCAUUCGAUCCCUAUCUCAGAUGGACUUUCAAGGAGGAUAGAGCACUGACCAGAAAAAUUGAUUUCAGAAUUUUCACUAUGAUUGGUGCCCUGUUUUUUGCGUUAAACCUUGAUAGAGGGAAUUUGAGUUCUGCAGUUGCGGGUGGACUGCUGGAAGACAUAGGCCUUUCAACUGAUGACUAUAAUAACGGAAACACAAUUAGAUCAGUUGGAUUUAUCAUCUCUGAAAUCCCUUCUCAAAUGAUAGGCAAAAAGUUUGGACCUGAUUGGUGGAUUCCAAUCCAAGUUGUUAUAUGGAGUCUCAUCGCCUUAUUCCAGUUCUUUGUGAACGGUAGUAAGUCGUACUUGGCGUUACGGUUUCUGCUUGGUGUUGCUCAAGGAGGCUUCAUUGCUGAUUCAGUUCAGUAUAUGUCUUAUUUUUACACAAGACAAGAAAUGAGUCUCCGUUUAGCGCUUUUCUGGGUUGUUGACGCCUUCUCAGGGAUCGUCAGUAAUCUUCUUGCCAUCGCAUUUUUGAAAGUAGGUUUGCACGGCAAAGAAGGUUGGAGAUGGUUGUUUUUGUUCGAUGGCUUGAUUACACUUGCUAUUGGAAUAUCCUCCUUUUUCUUCAUGGUUCCUGGCCCCACACAAACAAAAACCAAGUUUAAUCCAAACGGUAUCUUCACUGAACGAGAAGAAAAAAUCAUUACCAACAGGCUUCUACGUGAUGAUCCCUCAAAAUCUGAUAUGCAUAAUCGGGAGGGUAUCACACCCAAACAGUUCUUCAAGACUCUCAGUGACUUUGAUCUCUGGCCUGUUCUUAUCCUCUCUUUUGUCUUUGAAAUCCCUCAAAAUCCAAUCAAAAAGUAUUUGAAUAUCAACUUGAAGAAGCUGAAUUUUUCGAGAAACACCAUCAUCUACUUGAAUAUUCCGAUAGAAGCCAUGUCCAGCAUCACACUAGUUGCCAUUACUCUGCUAUCCGAGGCGGUGGAUGAGAGAUCUCUAGUCUGCACCAUGCAGCAAUUGUGGAUUAUGGUUGUUGUUAUUGUUGAAUAUGUUCAUGCAGAUUCAUUGAAGCCAUGGGCACAAUAUGCCAUAAUGUUUUUCGCCAUUGGAAACCCUUCGGCCCAAGCAAUUAUUGUAUCCUGGUGUUCGAGAGUGUCUUAUUCUGUUAGAGCGAGGGCGAUUUCUUCUCCAAUGUCAAACAUUGGUGUCCAGCUUGCUAAUAUUGCAGCGAGUUAUAUUUACCGCAGCGACGAUGCCCCACAUUACCACAGAGGAAAUCGUGUUAUUAUUGGACUUUGCGUCAUGAACAUCGCUCUUUUUCUUUUCACCAAGGGUUACUACAUUUGGAGAAAUAAGACAAAAGAGCUGCAAUGGAGCAAACUUUCUGAUGAACAGAAGGAAGAAUAUAUAUCUGCACACAGACACGAUGGUAACAAGAGAUUGGACUACUUGUUCGAACAUUGA